AGUGCUCUUCUUAUGUUCUGAGUUUCUGAUGACAACAACUGAGAACCCCUACCUCCACAUUGAGAUACAGCCUCCUUUGUGGUGGCUCAACCCAUGGAAAACUACAAGUCCCAGAAUCCUCCAGCAUUCCGCACCUGCAAUUUGUGUCCCGCCUACUUGUGAAAGUAGGAGGGACAGACGGAGAGAAAGAGAGAUGAGGAUGGACCGAGGGGAGGAAACGCAAGCCGUACGGAGGGCUUCUUACGCGUGGGAGAGCUCCCAGCAGCCUUUACCCCCUAGCAGCCGAGGCAAAUGGGUGAGGCUGAACGUCGGAGGCACGAUUUUCUUAACCACGCGGCAAACCUUGUGCCGCGAACAGAAAUCUUUCCUUUGCCGUCUGUGCCAGGGUGAGGAACUCCAGUCGGAUCGGGAUGAGACUGGUGCUUACCUCAUAGAUCGGGACCCCACUUAUUUUGGACCCAUUCUGAAUUUCCUCCGGCAUGGGAAGCUAGUACUGGAUAAAGAUAUGGCAGAGGAAGGUGUUCUGGAAGAAGCCGAAUUCUACAACAUCGGGUCUCUAAUCAGACUAAUCAAGGACAGGCUGGAGGAAAAGGACUACACUAUAACACAGGUGCCUCCAAAACACGUGUACAGAGUUCUGCAAUGUCAGGAGGAAGAACUUACACAAAUGGUCUCCACUAUGUCAGAUGGAUGGCGCUUUGAACAGCUGGUGAACAUUGGGUCAUCCUAUAAUUAUGGGAAUGAAGACCAGUCGGAGUUCUUGUGUGUAGUCUCGAAGGAGCUGUGCAGUUCGCCCAGCGGCCUGUGUUCUGAGCCCAGCCGGAAAGCCAAGAGCACUGAAGUGGAUCUGCUGGAGGAGGAAGAGCAGAAGGAACCCAAGCGGGAGGAGGCGGUGGUGGGGCUGGAACAGGAGGAAGCCAAAGCUGAGGAGGAGGAGGAGGAGGAGGAAGAGGAAGAGGAGAAAGGUGCAGCAAACCUCUGAAGAGAAGGAUGACCAAAGCCAGUACCCAACCCGAAGGCCAUCUGCUCCCUUUUCUGGUGAGAGUAGGUGGUGGGGAAGCACCAAGGAAGGGCUUCUGGGGGGUGAUGCCUAGGCAGGGAAGAAGCAAUACUUGGCAUCCAAAGGCUCACUGAGAGAUGGGAGAGAUCAGUUCCUUUUGGUAGCCACUGCAUUUAGGUCUGAAUUAUGUGCGUGUAGUUCUGUUGUUUUUUUUAAAUGCUGAAUUUGUAGAAUGUUCAUCUCCUCUAGCAUUCCUCUGAUUCUCUCCCAACUUUCUCCUGCCCUUCUGGUUUCUUUUCACUGUGGCUUUUUUGGCCCUUCCAACAUUUCCCCUCCUUGGUGAUGCUCCUUAUUUUACACCCUUACCUUCUUGUGAGUUCUUGUGAGUUCUUGUGUGGCCUGUAAGGAGAAGAAAAAUAAUAAUCUGGAAAUCCUAAAUAGUGAUAGAAUAUUUACAGGAUUGGGCUGCAGACUGUGUUAUACCAGUAUCUUAGGCAUAAAGUGCACGCUACAAUGAAUUCUGUGGGUGUUUUCUCCCCUCCACUUUUUAAAAAGCCAACAUUAGCUCUUUCUCUCCCUGAGCCAACAGGGAUCCUUUUUUCUUCCCUACCCUAGAUCUCCUGUCUGCCUCCUCUUUCUCCUCCUCCCCAUUCUUCUCUGCAAGCCCAGCACUUGUCUGCACUCUCAGACCUGCGUGAUUGACUUGCACCUCCUUUCCUUUUCUCGGACUACUUGGGUGGGCUGAGGCCACCCUUGUUCUGAAUUUGUCUUCCAUGAUAGGCCUUGCAGGUCUGGGGAGGGAUAGAGAAUCUUGGGGCAGAAGAUGAGGACACUUUGGGGUCGGGUGGGGCAGGCAGAUGGCUGUGAAAUGACAUGUGAACAUAGAAAGCUACCUCUAUAGCAAGAAUACAAUAAGAUGCUAAAAAAGAAUUUGAGGAGCACAUUGCUAAGAACAUAAAAACCAACAACAAAAAAUUCUAUAAAUACAUUCAAAGCAGGAGACCAUCUAGGGAGACAAUUGGACCCUUGGAUGAUAAGGGAGUCAAAGGUGUACUAAAGAACGAUAAGGAGAUUGCA